UGUAAGAAAAGAUUUGACGUUAACAUUUCUCGAAAGGCAUAAUUAACUUUUACAGAACGACUUUCACGAAAGUCUCUCUCUCUCUCUCUUUAUCAGCAUUGUCAUUCGCGUUAACUGAUUUGCAGAGAAUCAGACGUUUCUUAAACGUUUUUACGAAUCAUACUAUUAUUAUUUCGUUACAUUGCCGUGCGAAAUUCCGUUCCACGUCCGUUCCGCGGGAGAUUUCCAGAUAUCACGAUAAAUGCGCCCGCGCUAAAUGUGCGCGAAAUAACAAUUCGCGGCGAUACGCUUGACGUUGCUUAUUGUGUGCCCGGUCGACAGUAGUGUGGUAGUGCCGAGAUGAGACAGUAAACGGGCUGUCUCCUAGCUGGGACACAUUGUGCCAGAGGUUGUUCUACAACGGCGAGCAGACAGCAGCAGAUACCAGAGCUACGGAGGAAAUAGUUUUGCGCGCGCACGAACGCGGAAGAUCGUUGAUUUUACGAUCGGAUUCUACGGAUUUCACGGUGUGAUCUCUCCAGUGCUGAUACGUUUACGCAGUCAGAAUGUAUCGCGCAUUACUUUUUCUCAUCUUCAUUUACGGGAAUAUUCGUGGAAUGCAAUUCCAUACCAAAGAAGAUGUACCUCGUUUGUAUCAUCCGCGCUUCUUAAUGUAUGAGGAACCGUAUAACAUCGAAUUCAAGUACCACAAUUACGAACAGAUGAGCCGCUUUCUUCGCGCGACGUCCCUUCGAUUUCAAAAUCUCACUGCGCUGUAUUCAAUAGGAAAGUCGGUGAAAGGUCGAGAUUUAUGGGUAAUGGUCGUUUCGUCCUCACCUUACGAGCACAUGAUCGGAAAACCUGAUGUAAAGUAUAUCGCUAACAUACAUGGAAACGAAGCUGUGGGACGCGAAUUAAUGCUACAUCUUAUUCACUUUCUCGUGACAUCGUACGGAUCAGACGCAUAUAUUACAUGGUUAUUGGACAAUACAAGAAUUCAUAUUUUGCCGUCAAUGAAUCCUGACGGUUUCGAAGUCUCUAAAGAGGGACGUUGUGAUGGUGGUCAAGGCAGGUAUAACGCGCGCGGCUUUGACCUAAACCGUAAUUUCCCGGACUAUUUUAAGCAAAACAAUAAAAAGAGCCAGCCGGAGACCGAAGCCGUUAAAGAAUGGGUCUCGAAGAUUCAGUUCGUGCUCUCGGGCAGUCUGCACGGUGGUGCGCUCGUGGCCAGUUAUCCCUUCGACAAUACCCCAAAUUCGCUGUUUCAGAGUUUCACGUCGACGCCGAGCGUCUCGCCGGAUGACGACGUAUUUCAACAUUUAUCGUUGACGUAUUCUCGAAAUCACGGAUCUAUGUAUCAGGGAUUACCCUGUUCUCCGUCUCAGCCUGCAUUUAAACGUGGAAUUACUAAUGGCGCCGAAUGGUAUCCGCUUACCGGUGGAAUGCAAGAUUUCAACUACGUGUGGAACGGCUGUAUGGAGAUCACCUUGGAACUUUCUUGCUGCAAAUAUCCACCAGCUGCGGAUCUACCACAUUAUUGGACGGAAAAUCGAGUGUCUUUAAUCCAAUUUCUGGCGGAAGCUCACAGAGGUGUUCAUGGUUUUGUUAUCGAUGAAAAUGGUAAUCCUAUCGAAAGGGCUUCCGUUAAAGUGAAAUCACGAGAUGUUAGUUUCUCAACAACGAAAUAUGGUGAAUUUUGGAGAAUUCUUUUGCCUGGUGUUUACAAGUUAGAGGUAUUUUCGAAUGGUUAUGUACCUCGUGAAGUUGAAUUUAUAGUAAUCGAACAACAUCCGACGCUUCUCAAUGUUACCCUUUACUCGGUAAAAAGACAAUACGACGACGAAAAUGGAUCUGUUUUAUAUAACGGAAACAUUGGUGGGAGGCCUUAUCCACACCGCGACCAUACGUUACAUUAUCGACCCCAAUCAGGAAUUAAUACUGCGGCUGACGCCAACAACGGUAUCUUCUCAUCUAUCAGUAACGGAUUUAACAACUUUGUGACCAAUCUCUUUGGAUAAUCUUGUGAACACAUAUACAAAUAAUAUUAUUUAUUUAUUCUAUAUUAUUGUAUAAAGUAAAAUAAAACGUUAAACUUAGUCUGUCAAUAUUUGAUAGAUAAUUAAUGCAAAGAAAUCAUAAUCCGAUUAAUCGGCAAAAUACUGCCAAAUAAUACUGCAACCUAAGUUAUUUCAUAUUAAGUUUAAUAUCUCUACGCUAUAAAAUAUUUAUGUAUUC